CAUCUUUCUCCACUGGCAAGAUCAUUCAUUCCCCCGAUCUCUGCUUCAUUUUCUCCCUGGUCUCUGGUGGACUUGCUUCCAGCUUACCGCUUCAUCUCCCUCAUUAUGACUGCUUGUCCUAUGUACCACCCUUCCCUUGGUCAUAGGGUGGUAGGGACUUCGCGCUCUUCGCAACUCAACUAAUUGAACAUUGAACAGUUUGUGAUUGGGGUUCCUGGUCUAGCGUCAAACAGGCUACUAGUGUAACGUGUUAUGCCGUCAAGUUUGGACUUGUAGAGACACGGCGAUUUCGCUGACACCGUCAGCUAACGUCAUCUCUUGCUUAUAAGGCACGUUGGAGUCUUGAUUCUGCUUCGUCCUAACUUGGUCUUUAAUACCAAUGUCCGGAGAAACGCUUUCACUUCCCGCUCCAUCUGAUGAACAGGCGUACAUGUAUGUAUCUGCCCUUGAAGGUGGACACAUGAACGUUCCUUUGGACUUAAUUCUUGCUGGUGAUCAACCGGACGAACCGAUAGUUUGCCCCUCGCUUGCAUUCUUCCUACGUCACUCGAAGAGCAAUAAACGAGUCGUCUUCGAUCUAGGUAUUCGCAGAGACAUAAAAGAGUUUGCGCCUGCUGCAACAGAAAGGUUCUUGCCUACUGUAAAUCAGACGGUGGCAGAGUCUUUGGAGGCGGGUGGUGUUCAACCCUCCUCCGUUGACGUGGUAGUCUUGAGUCACCUCCAUUGGGAUCACGUCGGAGAUCCCUCCCUAUUUACUACAGCCGAGUUUGUGCUCGGGGAAGGAUCGAAGAAAGCUUUAGCGGACCCUGGCUCCUGCCACAAUCCUGCAGCCUUUACAUCUGUUCGUGUGCCGGAAGACCGUUUACGUUUCAUCACAACUUUGGACCUAAACGUGGCAAUUGGUCCCUACCCUUGCGCAAUGGAUAUCUUCGGUGAUGGCAGCAUGUAUAUCAUUGAUGCAUCAGGGCAUGUUGCCGGGCAUAUUAACAUUCUUGCGCGCACUUCCCAAGAUGGUGCUUGGAUCUUGCUAGGUGCGGAUUCGGCUCAUCACCCUGAUCUUAUCACGGGGAAAAUGCAGAUUGCGUACCGUGUCGACCCGAAUACGUGCUCGGUGAUGUGUGUGCACGAAGAUAAGGAAGCCGCAGAGGAGAAUAUUCGUAGAAUGAGGUCACUGUUAGAGGUCCCGAGGGUGCAGGUUCUGAUUUCACAUGAUAUAUACUGGUAUCAAGAAAACAAGAACAAAGACGUCUUCUUACCGCACGUAAUACCGCCGCUCGUACAGUGAUGGAUAGUGGAUGACUCCUGUAGUACUCGCACCAAAACGUGCGAGCACACCUUCACAUUGAGAAACAAAUGAGUCUCGCUUGUCACGGAAGAAUCUGCGUAGUACAGAAC